ACCAGCAACGAGAUUGAAAAUGGAAAUGGUUAACGAGACGCAAAAUAGAGUAAGCGAGUUACGAGAAGAUGAAAUACUUGGCAGCUACAGCAAACGCAUUGGAUUAGUUCACUGCAUACGCCAUAUUUAUCGCUUAUACAACAGACGUAUGCCUAUGCCAUCGAAUUCAAUUACUUCAAGUCGGCUGCAAACCCGUUAUGUUCUCGAUAAGGUAAUGACAUUGCCAAGCUUGACACGUCGCAAAGCGGCAAAGGAACGUAUUAAGCGACGUCUCAUUUUUGAUGGAAAGAUUGCAGGACGUAAGACCUGUCCGCCGAAAAGAAGAACAACUGAAUGGACUGAGGUUGCUUUUCAUAAACGCACCAGACCAUUAGGUGUAGUGAUGCGAAGACGUCGUAAUUUCUUGAAAUGCCAUCAAAAACAAUCAAACCCGCAUGAAUUCUAUGAAAGUUUUUCAAUAGAUGGAGAAAUCUCAACAUCAUCAUGCCCGUUAGUAGCAUUCAUGCCGCCUCAAGAUCAAAACGGUGAGAGCCGUAAGCUAACCCUACCUGAUCAAGGUGUUAUCGACAGGUGCCAACCACGUUGCGGUCGGGCUCGAAGAUAUUCCUCAACAACUUCAGACAGCCAAUCAUCAGUCGAGCAAUCGGAACCAGAGUUUAAUACGAAAGCCUAUCAGACCAAAAAACUGCAGGAAGCCGUGUUACAAAAACAAUAUCAUGAGCGAAGCGUGGCCAAUGCAAAAAUACUAGAAGCCUCCGUACGAUCGGUAUUAUAUUUAGAAGCUCUAGUGGACUUAAUGGCUAAGCAAGACAGAGAAAUUUCACAGAAAUUUAAAGGCAAAUUAGUUUAA